CGGAUGUACACGCCGCGCCCGGCAAACGUUUUCGCAGUGCCCGAUGACAUUGCGCAGUUGUUGCGCGUCCACCUGGCAUUUUUUUUAGUCGUAGCUCCGCCGAGGUGUUCCCCUUCGGCGCUACUGCUACCGCGGAACAAUAUUUUUUUACGGACACUUUUCUUUUAUACCUUAGUGUGAGAAUGUCAUUUUGUAGCGACCGCUGAUGUGCAGUUACAGUGUGCGGUUUCGUUGUUUUUUUGUAGUACUUUUGUACGGAACGACUUUGUAGCGAAAUAUAGAGGAUAUCUUUCGGAACAGAAACAACGAUUAGUGCUCCACUGCAGUGUGUUCUUGUGACAGUGCCUAGCUGAGCGGCGAAAUUUUUUUUGUUUGUUUGUUUACUUGUGACGUAGCUGGUCUCUUUCACCUCCUCCGGUGUCUCCUGUUUGUUUCUGGUGCCGCUGCCACACCUGCCAGAAGAGAGUAAACGCAGAGGAAGAGUAGGCGAAGAUGAGCAAGCUUUACGUGGGCAACUUGCCUGCCGAUGCGUCCGAGGCGACCUUGAGGCAGCUGUUCCAGGACCAUAACCUCACGUGCUCCACCAUCCUGGUCAAAAGGGGCGGCUACGCUUUCGUCGAGUGUCCGGAUCAGUCAGUGGCGGACCGCGCCAUAGACAAGCUCAACGGCUACAACUUCCAGGGGUCGUCGCUGGUGGUGGAGCCCUCGGUGGCCGGCGGUGCCAAGAAGAGGGGAUCUGCAGGUGCCGGAGAGUCUCCAGUGGAGCAGAUCGGAAAUGGAUGGAGUGUUGGUAAGGUAGUGGUGAGCAACCUGCCCGGCCACCUGUGCCUCGAGGACGUGGAGCCUCUGCUCGUGCCUUUUGGAAACGUCCAGCAGCUGGAGAAGGUGGGCACCUCGAGGGAUGGUACGACAUUCUCCGUGCACGUCACCUACGACACCCACGAGCAAGCCCAGGGAGCUGUGCAGCAACUGAAUGGUUACGAGAUCCAGGGCUGUACCCUGAGGGCGGACCUGGCGAUGGAGCGGGGAGGGGGCCGCGGUGGCGGGCGCGGGGGCAGGGGGGGUGGCGGCGGCGGCAGGGGCGGCCCCGGCGGGCCCGGGGGCGGCGGUCGCCAGGCGGACUUCCCGCUGCGUAUGCUGGUGCAGAGCGACAUGGUGGGCGCCAUCAUCGGCCGCCAGGGAUCGACCAUCCGCCAGAUCACGCAGCAGACACGUGCGCGCGUGGAUGUUCACCGUAAGGACAAUGUUGGUUCUCUGGAGAAGGCGAUAACUAUCUACGGCAACCCGGAGAACUGCACAAACGCCUGCAGGAGGAUCUUGGAAGUAAUGCAGCAGGAAGCCAACAACACCAACAAAGGGGAAAUUUCUUUGAAAAUCCUUGCUCACAACAACCUUAUCGGCAGAAUCAUCGGGAAGGGUGGCAACACAAUCAAGAGAAUAAUGCAAGACACUGACACGAAGAUUACCGUCUCCAGCAUAAAUGACAUAAACAGCUUCAACUUGGAGAGGAUAAUAACUGUGAAGGGUACGAUUGAGAACAUGUCGAAGGCGGAGGCGAUGAUCAGCGCCAAACUGCGGCAGAGCUACGAGAACGACCUGCAGGCGAUGGCUCCUCAGAGCGUGAUGUUUCCCGGACUGCACCCGAUGGCGAUGAUGGCGACGAGUGGCAUCGGGUACGGCGCCCGGGGUGCCGGCUUCCCCGGGGGACUGUACGGCUCGGGCCCGGCGCCGUACCCCUCGAUGUACCCGGGAGGUGUGCCUGCCCAGCCGGGGGGCCAGCCCGGAGCGGCCGGUGACGGCACGGAAACAACUUACCUUUACAUCCCAAAUAAUGCUGUUGGUGCCAUCAUUGGAACGAAAGGUACACACAUCCGCAACAUCAUCCGCUUUUCUGGUGCCUCUGUGAAGAUCGCCCCACUCGAACAUGACAAACCGGUUGACCAGCUGACGGAACGCAGGGUAACAAUCAUCGGUUCGCCGGAGUCUCAGUGGAAGGCGCAGUACCUCAUCUUCGAGAAGAUGCGCGAGGAGGGCUUCGUGGCGGGCACGGACGACGUGCGGCUGACGGUGGAGCUGCUAGUGCCUGCGGGUCACGUGGGGCGCAUCAUCGGUAAGGGCGGGCAGAACGUGCGCGAGCUGCAGCGCGUCACCGGCUCGGUGGUGAAGCUGCCGGAGCAGCAGGGCGGCGGCGGCGCGCCACCUGGCCCGGACGACGAGAUCUCCGUCCACAUCAUCGGGCCCUUCUUCUCGGUCCAGUCGGCUCAGCGCCGCAUCCGGGCGAUGGUGAUGCAGGCCCAACCACUGGUACCCGGCGGCAAGCCCCGAGGCGGCGGCAUGCCCCCGAGGGGCGGGGGUCCGGGUGGGCAGCGCCGCGACGGGCCGCCACCCCCGCCGCAGCAACAGCAGCAGCAGCCUCCCCCGCAGCAGCAGCAACAACAGCAGCAGCAGUAGUGGCGGCCCCGGCCUCGGGGGCCACGUGGGCGGGGGGUCGGGCUGUCGCCAGGGGGGGUCGGCCGGCGGCGGGGAUACAACGUAUAUACCUCAGCGACGGGAUGUACGCGGACGCGCCGACAGGCAGCGUGUGACUGUGUACGUGUGUUGUGAUAUACCAAAGAAAGACGAGACGACGACUGUGGAGAGGGAGAGGACGUGCGAGGGGUACGGACUUUGAGUCGCCACGGGGGCGUGGCGGCGACCCGAGUUCCUGAAACUGAAUUAGUGAUUUAAGGAGUGUGACGUCAGCACCUGUUAACAUUACAGUGGGAGUGCGGGUGGUGCCGUCCGCAGGAGAGUGCGUUCUGUCUGUCCGUUUCCCAUCCGGUCCGACCCGGGUGUCCACUCCGCCGUCUGCCAAUUUACCUCGCAUCGAGUGGGCGGUGUGGCCGUCUGAUGCAGUUUUCUUUUACUCCUUUUUGUGGCGGGGUUCUCCCUGCCAGACCGAAUCGUGAUGUUUCGGCUCGGUUGCACUCCGGGCCCGGUUGCCCUUCCGUGCCGGCAGACGCGUGCUACGUUCACUGUUAAAUAUUUGUAUUUCGUGGCGCCACCGGUCUCGGACGGCUACCUGCCCCGGAGUGCAGACUUAGUUAGGUAAUGUUGCUUACCUGUUACCUGUUGUUCUUCGAGGUAAAUGGAGAGUGGAAACGGGAAGGAUGGGACUUGGGGCUCAAAGGUAAUAUACAGUGGCGUGCCACCUCUCGAACCAUCCUCUACGGCUUUACCAAUUUAUCCCAGUCACAAAAUCGUGCUUUGCCAACCGCUCUUGUUGUGUUCGGGAUGUGUGUUUCUGUGUCCCGUGACAGUCUGGAAUUGAUGUACAGACCUAUUUCUUCAUCUGGAGGUGAAGCUUUGCCUUUGGUCCGUCGAUCUUCCUUUUGAAUAUUUGGAAAAUAAAUUAGGAAGAUUUAAAAUUCCGCUGUCUGCCUUACUUUGUAUAUGGUACCGUGUUAUAUUUCCAUUGUGGCAUUAGAGGGAAACGAGAGUUUUUCUCACUACGUUGGAGCCUCGGACAUUUUUGCUCUGUGGCAUUUUGUACCUCUGGGACCGAGGACUGCCAGACGCGGAGGAAAAGUAUACCUCAGAGUCAUUCCGGUCGCGGCAAACGUAAUCCGUCGGUCCCGACGAGACUUUAAAUCUUUUAGUUUCCUUAGAUUCUUUUUUACAUAUUCAACUUUUUAUACGAACAGGACUUUAAAAAAAAAGGGGUGGCUCUGUGCGCACACACUUUUGACCCACUAUUGGCGACACGCACGUUUCUCCUUCCGAAUGUGAGGCGUGUUGUGGGGGAGGAGAAAUGCUUUCGACGGACGGAGACGUGGAUAAUGACAGGUGUAGAGAGAAUUAAACGAGGAAGGUCAGACUUCAAAGUGGAGGUGGGAAUGUGACCUGUGUCACCUUUCAUUAGUACAAAAAUGAAAAAGUAAUGACAUUUUAGACAGAAUAAUGGUCACAAUUUGUGAUAAUAUAUUGUGAUCUUAAUUUCUUUUUCAUUUAUAAAAAACUGAAAGUUAUUUAAAACAAAGUCUUUAUUUUUGAUACAUUGUUGGAUAAAAAUUUUGUUAGAUUUUUUAAUAUAAUAAUUAUUAAAUAAAAAAAUUGCCGGCAUUGUCCGAAUUUUUUGGACUGUGUGCGGAAGGGAAAAUGGAGAGUGAAUGGAAAAGCAAAAGCUGUUUAUUAGCAAAUGACUCGUCUUUACUAAAUCAUUUGUGCAGCGUAGCAGUGUCAAAUUAGUGCUCUGUCAUUAAUACUUCAUUUGUCUCGUAUUCACUACUGCCUCAACAGUUCACGAAAGACAAAACUGGCUUCUGGCAUCCGACUAAUACUUUCCCGGGAAAAUUCGAUCCCUCCCCUGAUUAGAUAUGGCAGUGGACUUCACGCAGUGAAAUACAAACCUUCUCCAGUUGCAGAAAAGUGACGGCAUUACAAAAUUCGCGAAGGAAAAUGUCUGCGACGAACGCGAGUUGACAGUUCCACUUUUCACUAUUGUCGCGAUGGCAGAGAUAAAUGGACUUCGGUUUCCUUUGUGGAGCAGCACUCAAAAUUUGUAACUGGUAGCAAAAAAGUUGCACCUCUCCAGCUACCCAUAUAGCAUUUCAAAUUACGCCAGUCUCCAGUUUGUACAAAAGUUAAGAGCCUCCACAGUUGGAAGUGACAGCCAAUUAGAACAAAGAAAAAGCAGUUAUUGACCGAUGAUGCUUCAUGAACAGUGUAAGAAGCUGGGGAGUUUGUUUUCUUUUUCACUGAGCAUCAGCAUGUCUGUAAGUUGACCCAGAUUAGGACUACUGAAAAUAUUUUGCAAUAGCAUUUUGCAUGGGCAUAUGUUUUAAUGCAGGUGGGCACUAUUUACAAUGUUUGAAAUGAAACUACAUCAACAAAACAGUACCCUUGCACUCUUUGCAAAAUAGUAACACAGGAUGGAACAAGUAUAUGUAUACACAUUUGUGCAUAAAUACAUUCACACACACAAACACAAGCAGAAAUAUAUUUGAGGAAAAAAGAAAAAAUAAACAAAAAAAGAUGAAAUGAUAGCCAGCCCCCCCGAAGAAAAAUGUAAAAGUUAAAGGGAAUGCUAACUUCAUAGGCGACAAUGCGAUAUGAAACAGUAAAAGACUGGGAAUUAAGUUUUUCAUAUUUGCCCUGCCACAGUUAAGAGAAUAAAAACCAUUAACUCAAAUAAUUAUAGUGUUGUUCUUUGUUUUUCUUGAUCCGUUGCAAGUUUUUUUUGAGAUGAGAACUUUAUAAUCGAUUGCCGAUGUGUAAACUGCAGUGGUUAAGUAAAAUAGUAGUAAUUAUUAAUAUAGAUAAAUAGUUAAAAGUGAAUUUCACAGGAGGGGAGAAAAGGGAGAUAGAAGCUUUUUCUUUGUUUGCAGGAUAUUAAUACAGUGGGGAAGAAUGUACCUUAGUUUAAAAGAAAAACCAUUUAUACCUUAUCCAUUUAUAUACCCAUGGCUCAUUACAGAACCAAACAAUAUUGUUAGGGUAUGAAAGAGAACCAUUUUCUGCCUACAUUUCAGAUAGCUUUUCGGUUACUUCCACCAACUGUUUUUCUUUUAUUUGUUAACACGAGACAGGUUUUUCCCGACAUCUGACAUUUCAGUUCCUGUCCUCUUUGUUUUGCCCCUGGUGGAAAAUGUUUAACAAAGACCAUGUGCCACCUGUUAGUGGCGACGGGUUCAGUGGUUUAUACCUCAAUUUAUAUUCCGUAGCUGUUAAAGGAAAAGCAAAAGAACUUUUAAGCAGUUAUCACUUUAAUGGUUAUAAAAUAAUACAAUAGUUAAAUGCUCCGAAACAAGCAUCCCGUUUGUCUGCCGUAGACGCAGAUGUAAAGUGGUUUUGGGGGCAGCACCUCGUAUGUAGAAUCGGACGGUCAGAUUUGUGUACAAUAAUCGACAGAUUAUUUUUUCUGUGUACUUAUAUAAUGAGGAUGAAUAUAAUAUAUAUCUAUAUACACACACAUACACAUAAUAUAUAUAUUAAGAUUAUAUAUUUAGCUUAUAACUGUUGUUGAAUAUAUGUAGCAGAACAAUAUUUUGUUUGUUGACGGUUUUCUUGUGUAAUGACCACUCAGGUGAGCUUUUCCGUUGGAAAAUGCCUCUCAGUACCUCAUGCGAGAUGUUCUCGGUGCCUGCCAGUAGCUACGCUUUUCUGACCGUCCGCAGCUCGGUGCGAGCGGAAGCGAAACCACUUCGUGUGCGAGCCUUUUCAUUUGUAGGACUUACUUCGAGCGGCAUUUUCAGUUUUGCUAAAGUAUUACUUGUUUUACAUUGACAAUGACGGAGACGUCUCGGAAAGCUUCCACGCUUUUGAUGGUGACAAACGGGGCGCUUUAAAAAAUAUAUAUAUAUAUAUAUACUUUUUGUUGUUUUGUCAGUGGGGUAUUUGCAUAGGUAAUAAGUACAGAUUUAAAUAAGAAUAUUUUUGCCUCCACAGCAGGCAGAUUCUGCUGGAAUAAUUUUGUAAUCAAUAGCUGGAGUAAAGAAUACCAUAGACGAAAAAUGUUCCCGAACAGAAUUUGCUGUGGCACACUUUGUAUUUUUGUGUAGUUUUCAGUGAACUUAUUUCAGUUAUCCACUUUUUUCUGAAAAUAUUUCGAGACAGUGUACCUUACUAGUUAGUGUGUAGGGUGCGACUAUUGACACUACCUCGAGCUGUACGUUCGGUACAAAUUGAUUUGAUGACUUGAUAGUAAAAGUGAAACAAAGCAGUAUCCAGUUUUUCAAACAGAAAUGUAAGUGAUUAUGUAACUAAAAGCAAUUCUGGUUCAGUUGCUGCUUUGUCGAAUUUGACCGUGUUUUGGUUGACAAGAGCCUUUCUCGAGGUACAGUUAAUUAGUGUUUUUGUUUCCAAAUAUUCUGUAACUGGUUCGUUACAUAUGUGUUAAUUGUAAUUGUAAAGCAAAGUCCACAUAAGAAGCAUGCAGUUUUGACUUUGUUGAAAUGAAUUCUUUACCUUUUGAAAAUGUAAUGUCAAAACUGCUUGUUUGCACUCAACUAAACAAUGUACCCCGCACGUUUUUUUAUGAUUGAUUUUAUUCCUUAAGAUAUAAAAGUGUUAAUAGAGAAAUGUGUUUUGUUGUUUGCUGUAAAGGAAAAUUUUCAUAUGCUCCUCUUUCUGAUGUAACUUAGGGUCGAAAAUUUGGCAGUGGCAUAACGAACUGGCUUUUGACACGGGCAUUGUUGGAAGAAAAAUAAUAUAUUUAUAGCUCCAGAUGCAAAUGUAAUACUCUAGUAGUUGCUAUGCUUGUUAGUGAUUGUGCUGGUCUGUCAUUCCACUGCCAGGGCAAUUAUGGCAACAAUUAAUUUUCGGAAACAAAAAUUCAUCUGCUUUAGUUUUUGUUAUUUAGAAUUUUUCGCACCCACCAGUGUAUUUUUCAUUCUUUUUCAAGCAAUUUUGGAGGUGCCAUACUGAAAUAUGUUAAGAAUUGGAAAGGAUGUACGAAAAGAAAUAUUGUAAGGUGCUGUUCGUACAAACUAACUCAGGAAUGUAAAUCAGGUUCUUUUUAGAACUAAGCUCUCCUCUAUUACCUCAUUUAGAAUUUUUUUUUAAACUUUGGAAUUUAUUUGGUACGAAUAAAGGAUGUUGAUCCUCUGUACUAAAUUUUUCUUAUGUUGUUGGCAUUUUUAAAUGUAUCGAUGUAAUUUUGUUUCUGAAAUCUUGUCUGUUUAAUGUUGCUUCCAGAACUACAAAUCAAAAUGAGCAAGUUUUAUGAGCGCAAUAGAAAAUUUUCCAAAAUUAUACGAUAUUAGUGCGUUUGGGAAUGUAGUGUUUGGUGAAUCAAAUUUGUAAUUGUAGACUCGGAGAAAAACAAAAAUGCUUUCACAUUGGUAACGCAAACAACAAAAGUUUAAAAGCUGUAUUCAUAAUGUACCAUACUCAGAAUACUGUUUGUAUGCUUGUAUUUACUGCUAUUAUCCAUAGAAUGAGCCAUUUCUUUUUCUCAAUUCUGUUAGUAUUCUAUGUAGAUCAGGGAUUUGAUAUGCAGGUAAUUACAGUUCAGAAUUAAGGCAUUUUAGUUGUACCGAUAAACUUAAAAUGUAUUUCUUCAGUAAAUUUUUCCCUGUGUCGAGUUUCCCAAAUUAACGUGAAACCUCCAUAGAGUAUUGUGUGCAGCGAUUGCACACAUGCAGUUACGCGCUGUUAAUGUGUUACAUAAUCUUAUCAUUACGAUCGUAUUUGUGAGGUGAGGAUGUGUGCGGUUACACAUUUAAAGUGCUCGGGGCUCCCGUUCGCCCUCUCACACCCCCCAGCUGGCUAGAUUGUAAAAUUCGGUGUUGCCAGUUGUGUGUGUCGAGCACUCCCUUCAGAGUACUCUCAAUUCUUGUACCCUAACAGUAACGAUUCCUGUGAUAAAAAUUCUCACAAUGUAAGCUCCGUAUUAACAGUGCAACUGUGUGCUUCAUUUCCCCCCUUUUUUUCCCCUAUAUUCAGGAUCAUAAAAAGUAAAGUCUUGGAGGGUGCAAAUACUAGUUUGAACCCAUUUCAUCAAUACUGUACAAGAUGAAAUGCACGUGUCACUGAGCUCACCUUUUUGGCUGAGCAAAAAAAAAUUUUUUUUCACUCUAUCCCGUGAAUUCUGCACGUGGGUUUACUGUCUGUCAUCGAAACCGAGGAGCUGCCCGAAAGUGUGCCAGUAUUUUUCUCGAAGCCCAGCUUCCUAUUGCAGUUUCCCUUCCCGCCCCCUCUGCCUCACCCGAGUGGCGCAUUUACUGUAAAUAUUUUUUGAGGUGUUGACGCUGCCACUAGGGCGAGUUCAGAAUUCGCCGUGUCUCUUACCACCGUUGCGGUCUCUUGUUUCUCGUUGAUUAUUCCGCACCGGCCAUUUGGGAAGGGUGGGGAAUCUGCCAUUGCUCUUCGGGUCGAGCGGACCCGCGCCGGAAAGCGAGUUGUGCCUUUUUGGAAGCCCCAUUCAAUGUGAUACUUGCGAGCUGACUCCGGCCACAUUCCCGGCUGACCGGGGCGUGGGAGCUCGCUGACUGUGAUAGUCGUCGGUCUGUGAGAUGCUUUCUGGCUGUGGGGUCUGAGAGCUGAAACGUGUAUCUUCUGGCGCUUUAUGGGCAGCUGAUAUUGUAAUACGUUUGUGUACAGUUUCUCUCCGACGUGAGGUCCGCUUCGUGCCUGACGUCCGGCACGACAGUUCCGUCGAGGACACGUGAUCGGACUGUACGGCAGAUGACAAAAGGUUUUGGGCACAGUUGAUUUAAGGUGUGGAACUGUACGCUCCACGGAAAUUUGGGCACAGUUUGCGUGCCACAUUUUCCAGAUUUCGCACUCCGUAUGCACUUUUUCUUUAGUUUGCACGAGCUGCAGUUUGUGGAAGGUUGCCUGUCUACCUCAUUACACUUCAGGGAGUCUGCGAGCUGCUGCCGUGCCCCAGUUUGCUGGCUUAUCUGCUCAGAAAUUGCUCGAAUGUUUGUCUGCUUUACCAGACAGCCAGUUUGUAAAGAAACAGUUAUCUCAGGGUUUGGGUCCGAUAUUUGAAAAUAAUUGUGUGCGGAAAUGCUUAGAAUCAUUUCUCUGUUCAGUUUGUUUCUGCGUACUUGGAACCUUGUUCCUCAAUUCUGUAUACCGAGAAACCAUUGCUGCACAAUUUUGAUUUGGCGUACUGGUUGGGUGCUGUCUCGACCUGUCGUAGGUAAAAAGGUGUGUCAUGAUCUGAGUGUGUGAGAGGAAUGACAGUGGGAUUUAAGUAUGAAUUUUGUAAAAUUUUGUGUAAUGGGUGUUAGACCCUGCAAGUAUGUUGUAAGAGGCUGUAAGAACUUGGCUGUGAUGUCAUUUUUAUCAACUUUUUCUUAAAGUGGUUGUUAGCUGAACAAGUAAAGAACAAAGUUUGAAACCUGACUACGCACGUGUGGGGCAGGACUCGCAUGUGCCUCAGUUAUUUUUAAUUAGAUUUGUGUAGCGAGUACACUGGCAGCAAGAGUGUAGCGACCUGGAAAAUUGUAUUCGAAAUUUGAGUGAAAAUUAAUUGGAGAUCUGUCGAGGCCCACAUCUUGAGAUAUAUCUACAUUGUUUCUGUACUGCUGCUCAAAUGCAAAUCUGGAAAUGUUUUAUCUGUGUCUAAAUAUCAUGUUGUUCCCUCCAAGCUUUCUUACCUGGAUGUCACCGUACACGUAAGUUUUAUGUUUGACAGUAAAUUGUGUAGACGUGCUCCUGGGUUUCUUUACCGAUCUUAUAAUACUUCAGUGUAAAGUGUCGUAACAUCCAAUUAAACAAUCAGGUUCAACAAGAAAUGUACCAUAGCCUUCGUAGACUAUCCAUAUUCGUCUGGAAGCUCUCUCGUACAGGCAACUCGCGGCUGUCGCCCCGUGUGAAUUUUCACAGUGUUGGAAGUCUCUUGCCUGCCUGCUACAUUUUUAUAACAAAAGGUGCUGUACACUUUUGUCUGGAAUGAUUGUUUGAUUGAGAGUUUGUAAAAGGAAUUUUAAAAAAGUAAAAUAUCUUAAAAUCAGUUUGAAUAGAUAUUGUAUUAAAAUUGUAAACAAGUGGUCCAUUGAACACGCCUGCAUUUUUUCCUUUUUCUACCAUAAAGAGAAAUAUUAAAUUAUUCUAGUUAA